AUGCGAACGCCAUGGCUGUCGAUCAGUAUUGCUACUGCUGUUGUCUUCUUUCAAGCCGCUCAGUUUUCAAUGUUCUUCAGCUCAAUGUGGCCUUACAUGCAGUUGGUAUGGCGUUUUUAAAGAGUUUUAUAAUGAUUAGGGUAUAGCUAUGUUAAUAUAGAAUGUGAAUACAAUAAGGGUAGGGUAGAGCAAGGUAAGGCUGGGUAGGACUGGGUAAUGCAGAGUAGAGCGAUGUAGACUAAGGGCAGGAACGGCAAGUCAAGGUAUUAUAAAGUAGAGUAAGGUAUGGCAGACCACGUCAGGGAACGGUCGGGCACAGGACACGGCAGGGCAACACAAGAUAUUAUACGAUAGGGCAGCGCAAUCCAAGGCAGGGAAGAGCAGAACAAGAUAAGACAGGUCCAGAGCACGGUGGGGCACGGAAUUGCACAGCAGGACACGAAAGAGCAGGGCGGAGCAAGGUAUUAUAAGGUAGUGUAUAUGUCAUGUUAUAAGGUAAUGUAAACUAGAGUAAACCAAGGUAAGUAAGGUACGGCAUGGUAUAACAAGUCAACAAAUUUAAGGUUAUUCUCAACAUAGAAUGUACUGUAAUAUCAUAUAUGGUGGUAUAAAAAAUACUACCUAGAAAAACAGUGUAAUGCAUGGUGUACUGUAAGGUAGACAAUUGCUUACUAUAGGAUAGGAUCCGGUAUCGCAUACUGUUACUGUAAGAUAAAGCUCAAGGCACGGAAGAGCCUAGGGUACGGUAAAAACUGAGGUAGGGUAGAGCUUGGAGUACUGUAGUUUUUGGUGAAUAAGGUCGGGAAAAAAGGCACUGAUAUUUAGGGUAAGGUAGGGUACUGUAGGGUAGGGUAGGGUAGGGUAGGGUAGGGUAGAGUAGGGUAGAGUAGGGUAGGGUAGGGUAGGGUAGGGUAGGGUAGGGUAGGGUAGGGUAGGGUAGGGUAGGGUGGGGUGGGGUAGAAUAGGGUAGGAUAGGGUAGGUUUACUGUAUUACUGUUAUUUUAGUUAGACCCCCUAUCAACCGAAACCUUCUUUGGUAUGGUAGUGGCCACAUUCAGUCUAGGACAAAUGAUAGCUGGACCACUUUUUGGCUUAUGGAGUACUAAAAUUGGCAGUGUUUACGUGCCUAUUAUAAGUUGUCAAUUCUCGAUGUUUAUUGGCAACUUGAUCUACUUCUUGGCCGCUUUAUGGCCAUCGAAUCAACGAUUUGCUUUACUGGUCGGUCGAACCUUUGUUGGGAUUGGCGAAUGUGAGUUCAUUUGGUUGUUCAAAUAAUUCUGAGCUCCCUGACUUUAAAAAUUUGCUUUGAGAGGGGCACAGAAUUAAUUGAACAACCAAAUAUAAGCUAUGUAGUGUCAAAAUGUUAGUAGAGGGGGAAAAAGGUAGGGAGGGGUAAAAAAAUUAAAAAAUUUGGGGAUGGAUCAAUAAUUUUUUAAAACGUAUGUAUUAUCUUUUAGCUAGUAUGGGCCUAGUUCAAUCGUACGUCUCUACAGCAAGUUUGGAAAAGGAUCGUUCAAGAGCGAUUGCUUUUACGACCGGUGGAUUGGCUCUUGGUAUUUGUCUUGGUCCAGGUAAGUUUUCUACUUUAUUCUACCGUACCCAAGGCCCUACCAUACCCAAGGCCCUAUCAUAUUCUAGACCUUACCGUACCUUAGGUUCUACCGUACUCCAGGCCCUACCGUAUUCUAAGCUCUACCGUACCCUAGGCCCUACCGUACCCUAGGCCCUACCGUAUCUUAGGCCUUACGUACCCUAGGUCCUACCGUAUCCUAGGCAUUACCUUACCCUAGGCCCUACUGUACCCUAGGCCUUACCGUACCUUAGGCCUUACGGCCUUACCUUACCCUAGGCCUUACCUUACCCUAGGCCUUACUGUACCCUAGGUCCUACCGUACCCUAUGCCUUACAGGACCUUAGGAUCUACCGUAGCUUCGGCUUUCUUACUCCCUAAGUUUCACCGUAACCAUGGCUCCUACCCUAUUGUAAUAGGCUCUAACAAUACUUUAAGGCCUAGGCUAUCUUAUUAUAAAAUGACCAGUUUAGUCUUCCAACUGAUCUUCAUUCCAAUCGGCUACCCAGGUCACCAACUCUUUGGCGAUCUUUAUAUGAGUAUGUACACUACUCCAGCAUUUGCUGCCGGCAUGGUUAACAUUGUCUGUAUCAUAAUGGUGACAUUGUUUUUUGAGGAGAAUUAUGCUGGAAUUAAUUCAAAAACAACCCAGUCCAAUGGUACUACUAUGAAGGUACCACCAUACGAUUUGGUGGCUGUGGUACUAUGUAACAUUACCAGGGCUAUGCAGCUUUUUGUGUUUACUAAUUUGGAGACGUAGGUUUAAAAAAGUUUUUUUAAAUGUUCGAUUUAAAAAAUUUUAAAUUUCAAAAUUUUAGGUAGUAAAGAGUGUUUUUCAGAUUAGGAGCCCCAUUCUUUAUGUCAAUGUUCGGUAUGAGCCGUAAGGAAACAGUACAAGCAAUUUCUUAUGCUCAUGGAGUAACUGGCUUGGUCGCUUUUACAAAUUACAUGUUUUACAUCGUCUUCAAACCUUCACCAGAGUAGGUUUUACGUUAUUUGAUCAAUAUUUUUAAAAAGUUUUAGGGCUUACAGUACGGUAUAAUACAAGGUAUAGCAAAAGUUGGGGUACUCCAGGGCUUGUGGUGCGUUUUACGGUACGAUUCAGAGGACAAUGUGGCUUGAGCAAGGCGUAGAAUACUGAAGAACUUAGGGUAAGGUAGGGCUUAGGGUACGUUAGGGUGUAGGGUACGGAUGGACUCAGGGUACGGUAGGACCUAUGGACCGCGGUGGCAUAGAGUACGGUAGAACGUAGAGGAUGUUGCAACUUAGAUUACGACAGGGCCUAGAAAUUGGUAAAGCCUAGGUUACGGUAAGUCUUAUGGUACGGUAGGGCUCAAGGAACGGUAGGGCUCAGGGUACGGUAGGGCUGACGGUACGGAAGGGCCUAGGGUACGAUAGGGCCUAGGGUACAGUAGAGCCUAGGGUACGGUAGGGCCUAGGGUACGAUAGAGCCUAGGGUACGGUAGGGCCUAGGGUACGAUAGAGCCUAGGGGAUCCCCCCCCCCUCUAAAAAAAAAAUUUUCAAAAAAAAGUUGAACGUGGUCUCCCCUGUAGAUUUCCCGAAAAAAAAAUUCGCAAAAAAUCGGCACAGGUACCUGUGCCGAUUUUUUCGAUUCCCGUCGCCAGACCAAAAGUCCCCGCCCGGCACUGAUUAGGGUAAGGUAGGAUGGGUCUAUUAAAUACGGUAAACUGAUAUAUAAUUCUUUUAGUACAAACUACCGUAAAGGUAUCUUUGUAUCGUUUGUUGGCUAUGUCAUAUUUCACGUCGGCACCUUCUCCUACCCAUUCUCGAACGAUCACAUUAAAACGUACUCGGCCGCUGAGUACGCUCUCUACAAAAAUGGGACAGUACCAACAGAACCAGUCGGUUGUCCGCGAGAUUCAAUGGAUUGGUGCGAAACGAUUCAACCGGUCAAUUUCUGGCUGUUCAUGUUCUGUUUCUCUGUCGUUCUGGCGUUUUCGUUCAGCACGCUGAACGUGAACAUUAACACACUGUUUUCGAGAAUAUUGGGACCGAGAAGGCAGACAAACCAACAGAGCAUCUAUCAGGCUUCGGCUUCGUUUUCAAGGCUACUUGGGCCGAUUAUCAUUAGGUAAGUACAUAUAUUGUUGUAAGGCGUGGGUUAUGGCCUAGGAUACGGUAAGUCUUAAUUAUAGGCUCUGGGCUAGAACUCUUGGUUAGGGCUAUGGGCUAGAUCUCUGGGUUAGGGCUCUGGGCUAGGGCUCUGGACUGCGACAAACACUCUGGGCUUUGGGGCUAGGGCUCUGGGCUAGAGCUCUGGACUAGGACUAACGCUCUGGAAUUCUGGGCUUUGGGCUAGGCCUCUGGGGUAGGGCUCUGGACUUGAGCUAGCUUUAAUCUUGUCUUGUUACAGUAACCUGUACACAGCUUAUGGCCCUCGUGCUGCAUGGUCGUUAGAGUUGGUGGUAAUUGGUGUAGUAAUAUCAUUGUGGAUUAUAUUCUACAAGCGUAUGGUACCUUUGGAAAUCGAAGUUAUAGAUAACAAUACCCAUGUUAUUAAAGUGCGACGAAGCAGCGAAGUCAGUGAAUGUCUGAGUUUGUACUGA